AUGAAUGAGCCUCUAGACCAUAGGGUCUCGCAGCCCGGACUCGAAAUCGUCUAUCCCAGUGACCCGGAAGUCGUAUAUUCACAGAGGGAGACAUAUCCCGCUCUCGUAUCUGAUCCGGGAAUUAUACCUUUCAAGGGCAAUCCCAGUCCGUACAACCAACCCCAGGUCUAUGGAGCGUAUAGUCCGAAAGAACUACCACCGCAGCCGCCAGUCCAGAGAGAAAAUGGUGAACGGAGGAAGCUAUACUUAUUAAUCGGAGGUUUAGUUGUUCUGGCUGUGAUCGUGGGUGCGGUAGUCGGCGGUGUCUUAGGAAGCAAAGCAACUUCAAACGAUAAGUCAGAUAUAUCCUCAGAACCGGCAUCUUCAAGCUCAUCUUCGCCAAACCCAACGUCCACAUCAAGCGGCAGCAGCAGCCAAAGCGUGAACACAACAGCAGUACGGCCCAAUACAAGGCUCACUGUGACGGGCCGGCGCAUACAAGGCAACGGCUUCACCUCGCGGCUAUUCUGGCAAGGAGGCGAUAACAAAAUUCGCACAUCGCGGUACAGCAGCAGCAGCAGUCAAUGGUCAACCCCGCUAGUCUUCGACGACCUAGAUGCAAAGCCCGGAACGCCUAUUGCUGCGACAAUUUACCUGCAGUUCCCACAGUUUGAGUUCUUUUACUUAGAUCCAUCAUCGACGUUCCAAGGAGUCAACUUCUUUGAAGAUGAGACGGUGCCCAAGAUCGAUAGCAUUAAUUCGGAUCGGACGCCUUUCACCGUCCCGAGUGGCUCUCGGAUGACCGCCUAUUGGCCGUACGUGAUUUAUCAGAACACGAACACUUCGUUCCAUCGCCUAGUUUACGACGGACAUGGCAGCGGCUGGUUCAACGACACUGUGCACGGCUGGGAUAACCCGGAUGAUAUUCCGCUGGGUGAUGCCAACUCUGGCAUCGGUCUAGUGCCCAUGCUGAAUAGCUUUCAAACCCCAUAUACAGCAGGCCUUGCAUACCGCGAUUCAAAGGGCCUUCUCUCUCUAUUUCCAUUCGGCGGCUUCGAUACGGGCGUAGCUUGGUAUUUCGGGACGCCCGGCGUCAUGAUUCCCGUGGGAACGUCUAUCGCAGCAUUCGCAAUUGCGCGGCUGAAUAGCAACACGACGAACACGUGGAUCCUGUACCAAGACGCAAGCAACAAAAUCCAAUCGGUCUGGCAGGGAGACGAUAAUGAAUGGCAGGGUCCCCAAGAGGUGGGUGACGCCGACGUCGGCACGGACAUUGCGUGCUUGACCGAGCAGGCCGGCGAUCAGCCUUCGCAGAUAAACCUGGCGGACCAGACUGAUAUGAGGCGUUGUUAUUACCAAUAUAAAGGCCUAAUUCGCGAGAAGCGACUUACAUCUUCUAGCUGGGUGGAUGGUGCCGCUAUUCCGAUGGAAUAG